UGCACGGGAUUGCCACAGGGACACCGGGGCCACCUUCCACAGGAUCAUCUCUGCUCCCACAGAGCCACAGCCGGCGCUGCAGGAGGAUUUAUCUGCGCUGCUCCCCAUACCCUGACCAACAGGGUUUUCACCCUCUUUUCCCUCAGGCCCUUUCCAGUAUCCCCCUGAAACCCCCACCCAAGGAGGGGACAAGUCCAACCCCGCCAUGGCUGAGCAAGAGGACAGCCUUUGUGGGGCCCCUGAGGAGACGUCCCCAGGAGUGACCCUCACCGACAGCCUCGUCCUCACCCGCAUCCAACUCAAAGGGCCGCUGCCCACCUCCACCAUCCGCUUGGAUCGGGAGAACAUCUCCUGCAUUGGGAAGCUGCGGAGGCUGGAAGGGAUCCACAGCGUCUACCUGCAGCAGAACCAAAUUGAGAAGAUUGAGAAUUUGGAGUCUUUUCCUAACCUGAGGUUCCUUUGCCUGGCUGGGAAUCGCAUCCAGAGGGUGGAAAACCUGAAGGCUCUGCCCCACCUGAGUGCCCUGGACCUGUCCCACAACCUGAUCCGGGGGCUGGACACAGGGGAGCUGCCUCGCAGCCUCCGGAUCCUCGACCUGACAGGGAACGAGUGCACCCUGCAGGAUGGAUACAGGGAUGUGGUGGUGGCAGCCCUGCCCCACCUCCUGCAGCUGGAUUCCCAGCCCAUCCAUGGAAACACGGCUCAGAAGGAGGCGGGAGGAGGCUCCUUCAGCAGCGAGGAGGAGGAUGAGGAUGAUGAUCUGCUCCCUGCUCUGAGGAUUCCCUUCACCGUGGACAAAGAUUUCCUCAUGGACAUGCACCAGGAGCUGGCGGGGCGGGCGCAGUGGAGGCAGAGGCAGAGGCUGCAGGAGCACCAGGCGUGGCUGCAGGAGCUGCUGGAGCACCGGGCUCAGGACGGAGCCGCCAGAGCCCGGCGCUGCUGGCUCUGGCCCCAAGGGACACCGGGGGCACAGCUGUCACCUCUGCCGGCAUCCUGCGGCUCCCAGCCGGCUCCUGGCACCAGCCCAGGCAAAGCUCUGGAGAAGGAGACUCGUGCCAAAGGAGCAGGGAAUGGGCACUUAUCCCAAACAUCCCGCAGCAGCCAGGAAUAAAGGCUUUCUUCCCACCUCAAUCCCGCCACUCUACAGCCAUCCUGAGGGGCUGGAAAUGUGGGAAGGUGCACACAG